AGCCCUCUGUUUAGCUGUCUCUGCUUAUUGAUUCAGGAAGUCACCUGCUGCAGUAAUUCACCACGUACCUUUGUCACUGGAGAAAGUGCCGCCCUUGUGCACACACACAUUAAAAUAGAUCUGCAGCAUUUAUCCCUUACUUAGACAACUCAGGCUUCCUUCGGUGAGACAGCUGAAACAGCUGUGCACUGAUUCACUGACCUGGAGAGUGUGCAGUGGGCUCUCUUUUAGGAACAGCUGCAACUAAAAUCUUUCUACUUUGUUUAUUGCCUUCCUGAACAAACUUCAAAUAUCUUGGAGGAAACACAGUAUUUUGAAGAUGUCUGAUAACAAAACUAGUACUGAAGUCUCAGCGGAUGAAUGUCCAGUGUGUUAUGAAAGCUUCAGUGAUUCAGCUGUAUUAGAGAGGACUUUAAGCUGUGGCCACAUUUUCUGCCAUGAGUGCCUGGUGAAGACUUUAAUAAGUUCUGUUCAAGAAGGACACAUUAGUAAGAGGAUUAUUUGCCCAGUUUGCAGGUAUGUAACCUUCCUCAGCAAGAAGAGUCCACUCUGGGUCCCUAAGCCUGAAGAGAAGAAACAAAUCUUAGAAGUACCUCUGUCACCCACAUCCUUGGUGUUAACAACAUUGCCCAUGACUGAUAGUUCUUUGGGCACAGAAAACUCUGUGACUGUGAAUAUCCCAGAAACAUCAACGAGAAAUGGAUUUUUGUACUUUUUCAACCCACAGUCAAUGUGCAAUGUGAACUCUACAAAUCUGACUUCCAGUCCUGCAGUGGGCUCACAGAUUUUCGUGAUCAGUGGCCACGGGAGACCAAUGAACAACCAGGACCAAAUCACUAGCAGACAUAACAGAGGACCUCUGCUGUGUAAGCCACGCUGGAUGAUCCUUAUUCUUGUCAUUAUCAUAUUUGUGGCAGUAACAGCAGCAGUACUUCCAUGGGUAAUUCUAAUCAACUAGCGCUUUAUUCUUUGUGGAUUCUUUACAGUGUUCCUGUACUUGGAGGCACCAGUGUGCAGGGUUCUAGGCCCAUUCACCUCACAACAGUACCUCUGUGGUGUUGUUUCCAAAAAAAGAUACAGUUUACUACUCUCAAAUAAUUUGCAAUCAUUUUGUGUCAUAGAAGGAAAUGUACACUGGUAUAGGUUUACCCUAUUUAUUCCUCUGCAAUGAAGAUAUUGGCUGACAUUAUUCUAACCUACAUGAUUCUAAUUUAACAUGUUAAAUGUGUUUUCAUAACAGCAGGAUAUAUCCAGCAUGCUUUACACCUUUAUUAGGUUAUAGCUGCCAUCUGUCUUAAGUAUGUUUACAUUUUAUUUGUAUUCAGCAUCUUGCCAUGACACAUGCCUUAACUUAACUUUCAAAUUGUGAUGUUGCAAAGAACAAAAUGGUAUCAGUAAUUUCUAGAUUUUUAGGCAAAAAUUAUUGUAAUUAAAGUAAAAUAUGUCAAAGUAAAAUAGAUACCCCUUGUGUAAGCAAUAUGUUGGCUUAAAAUGUACUGUAGUACAACUAAAAAUAAACUAAAUAUUUUGA